AUGGAUAACACAACAAAGAAUGUCUUCAGGGAAACUAUAUUUUCUGUCAUAAGCAACAAGUCUGCUCUACCUUUUGGGGAUGAAUGCUCAGUCGAUUUUUUCCAAAGUGUUGCCAGUAAGCCUGCCGAAUUUCAAAGUGGAUCUAACAAGAAAGUGAAUUACUCCAUUGAAGGACUCUCAUAUCUAGAUCAAUAUUUAGGAAAAGAACUCUUCAACCCAAAUCAAAAUAUCCUUGUUGUCAGGAGAGGCCAACCAUAUCCUGUACAAGAACUAACAGCAACAGAGGACAAAUCUAGUAAUGUUGAUGAAAUUGAUGUGAACUCACCGCAGAGGAAAAUAUCAAAACUCAAUACAGACAGUAAUCAAAACAAUAUAAAUGAAAGGAAGUCAGAGGAUAUUUAUGACACUUGUGGAUCCCCAUUGAAGUUACAGACAUAUGCUGAUUUAUCGACCUGUGAUUCCCCAUCUUAUGCAUCUCCUGCAUUUGUGAAAAGAUCCAGCACUCACUACUAUAUUCCAGUUGGGUUGUCAUCUCUAACUAGCAGGCAACUCAUUUCUUUAUUCAUUGUUAAUUACACAGAGCUUAUGUCCGCAUCAGUUGCAGCCUUUUCACGACUUCCUUCCCUUUGGAUUUUAUGUGAUAAGAAUGAUAUCAAAUCUUCAGUUUUGAUGGGAGCUCAGCCUGUGUUAUCUAACAGUGGAGGAGAUAAACAAUGGGGUGUAAAGUUAACAACAGUUACUCAGGUUGAAACAGAAGAUAUUCUUGCCACAAGCAAAAUAAAUAAAAUAUUCAACCAGAAAAUUCAUGAAAAUAAAUGUUUUGCCAGGUAUGAUUUGGUCAAACCAACAGCAUCGUCUAUAGAUGACUUUACUGCUUAUCAAGGUUCACUGUCUCUAGAAUUUCAGUGGAAAAAUGGAACACAGCUGCUACAGAAGCCUGAAUAUCACUCUGAAGCUAUCAUUAAGGCAUCAGUACACUCUGGAGACAUUAGAAGUCCUGCUAUUGGAUUGUUUGAAGAAUUAACUAUAUUGAAGAGCCUUAUGACAGCUAUCACAACCAGUGAAAUCAAUUGGGCAGCAUCUAAAGAUCAAGCUCCACUACUAGAUAUGGUUAAAGAAUUGAUAGAAAAUACCAAACUAGGAGAUACUGGUAGUUUCAAAAAACUUCAUAGUGAAGACAUGGAAAAAAAUCCUUCUGAUCAGUUUAAAUUGAAAGAACGUCUGGAUUAUGAUUUUACUGAUCAUUUGUGGAAGAUUUUGAUCACCUGUUCUUCCUACAGUGAUUUAACCACCAGUUUGAAUUAUAUUUUCAAAGCUUUGGGUAAAGGAGAAUUUCAACCAGCAGUACAUAAAAAGAACAAAACCAUGAUGGCUCAGUACAUACGUGAUUCUUAUACUGGGCGCUUGAUCAUACCACACUUAGGGGGAAUGUUUCCUUUAAAAUUAGUUGUAGAAAUGGGCAUAGAGAAACUACGCUGUGACUACCUUCAUGCAUUUGUCUCCCAAGAUUUGACCACCCCUAGUCAUCUCGACUACUUCUUACAAGUUGACGUGGAUUUAGAAGAAAAGAUUUGCCGCAUGGAAAAAAUGCAAUAUUCCCUUGAAAUGGUGGUAAUGAUUCAAUUAUUUUUCCGUCUCCCAUACUCCAUUCUUGGAACUUGUGCUCGGAAAAUGUUAAAGCAUUUUCAAAGCAAUGAAAUCAACGAUUCUGAAAUUUUUGAAUUUCCUGUACAGACCAAAACAGUGCUGCCUGUUGUCAAAGAAUCUCAACCUUCUUUGUGGAGUUUGACCGUGGAGAAAAAAGUGGGCAAUUUAUCUGAGCAAAAAGUUUGGACCUUGACUACCAAUCAACCUUUCAUUCAUUUGACAAAAGAUUUAGAUGAGAGGGAAGAAAAGAAAGAUGAUGAAAAGUCGCAUUUCUAUUUAACAUACCGGGAUGAUCAUAUAUCUAUUACUAAUAACACGGUUGAUUCUUCCGAAUAGGCUCAGCUAGAUGUCACUUUCAAACUAGUCUAUGAUUUUGAAUUGAUUGCUAAUUGCUAUUAGUGCUAUUAUUAUGUUAGGAUAUUCUAUAGCUGUUGUGAAUUACUAUAAACAUGUAUAUCAAUAUAAGCGUACAAUAGUAAAAUAUUUUUAUCAUGUCCUACCAGCUCGUAAUCUCUCCUUAUAUUGUUAAAAUAGUGCUCAAUAGGUAGACUGAUUAAGAAGUAUAAGCUUAUUCAAAAUGAAGUAAAAAAAACCAGUAAAACUAGCACAUUUUGAUGUG